ACUCCGGCCGGGCUCUGCUGGCUGCGGCGGGAGCUGGACGUGGGAGGAGGCGGCGGCGGUUAGCCAAGUGAGAGACUUGUAUGUAUGAUGUGGCAUCCACCCUAUGUAGAACCAAUAAGUUAAGGAAUCACAGUCAGGAAUAUUGUUUAGCAAAAGGGAGCUGGAAGAGUGAACCAUGGAGCUGUAUUUCGGUGAAUAUCAACAUGUGCAGCAGGAAUAUGGGGUCCAUCUGAGACUUGCAAGUGAUGAUACCCAAAAAUCGAGGAGUUCCCAGAACUCCAAGGCAGGCUCCUACGGUGUCAGUAUUCGGGUCCAGGGAAUUGAUGGUCACCCCUACAUUGUCCUGAAUAACACAGAACGGUGUCUAGCAGGCACGUCGUUUUCUGAAAAUGGGCCACCCUUUCCACCUCCAGUGAUAAAUAACCUGCCUCUACAUUCCAGCAAUGGUUCUGUGCUAAAGGAAAACAGUGAAGAACUGCAGCUUCCAGAAAACCCAUACGCCCAACCUAGCCCAAUAAGAAACUUCAAACAGCCCCUGCUCCAUGAGGGCAAGAAUGGAGUUCUAGAUCGCAAAGACGGGUCCGUGAAGCCAUCUCACGUGCUGAAUUUUCAGAGGCAUCCAGAGCUUUUGCAGCCCUAUGACCCUGAAAAGAAUGAGUUGAACUUGCAAAAUCACCAGCCUUUUGAGAGUAAUUGGCUAAAAACGUUGACAGAAGAAGGCGUCAACAAUAAGAAGCCUUGGACUUGCUUUCCCAAACCCAGCAAUUCCCAGCCUACCAGUCCCUCCUUGGAAGACCCGGCCAAAUCUGGUGUGACAGCUAUUCGUUUAUGCAGCUCCGUGGUCAUAGAGGACCCCAAAAAGCAGACCUCGGUGUGUGUAAACGUUCAGAGCUGUACCAAGGACAGGGUGGGAGAAGAGGCCCUUUCCACUAGCGGGAGGCCCCUGACUGCCCACAGCCCACAUGCCCAUCCUGAAACCAAGAAAACCAGGCCAGAUGUUCUUCCCUUCCGGCGACAGGAUUCAGCGGGACCUGUCCUGGAUGGAGCUCGGUCCCGGAGGUCCUCCUCGUCAUCCACAACUCCCACGUCAGCCAACUCUUUGUACAGGUUUUUACUGGAUGAUCAGGAAUGUGCCAUCCAUGCCGACAACGUCAAUCGUCAUGAAAACAGAAGGUAUAUUCCCUUCCUGCCAGGAACUGGACGGGAUAUUGAUACAGGAUCAAUUCCUGGUGUAGAUCAGUUAAUUGAAAAAUUUGAUCAAAAACCUGGGCUUCAGAGAAGAGGAAGGUCUGGGAAGCGAAACAGAAUUAAUCCAGAUGACAGGAAAAGAUCCAGAAGCGUGGAUAGCGCCUUUCCUUUUGGCCUCCAAGGGAACUCGGAGUACCUGACUGAAUUCAGUAGGAACUUGGGCAAGUCAAGCGAACACCUCCUCCGGCCUUCCCAGGUGUGCCCGCAGCGGCCACUGUCUCAGGAGCGCCGUGGGAAACAGAGCAUGGGCCGCACCUUUGCAAAGCUGCAGGGAGCAGCGCACGGGGCUCCGUGUGCCCACUCCAGGCCUCCCCAGCCGAACAUAGAUGGGAAAGUUCUGGAAACCAAAGGUAGUCAGGAAAGUACAGUGAUCCGUGCGCCCUCCCUUGGUGCACAGAGUAAAAAGGAGGAGGAGGUGAAAACAGCCACCGCUACGCUGAUGUUACAGAACCGGGCAGCAGCAACUUUGCCUGAUUCUGGUGCCAAGAAAAUUUCCGUGAAGACAUUUCCUUCGGCCUCAAAUACUCAGGCCACACCGGAUCUCUUGAAAGGCCAGCAAGAGCUCACUCAGCAAACCAAUGAGGAGACAGCUAAGCAGAUUCUCUACAAUUACCUCAAAGAAGGAAGCACUGAUAAUGACGAUGCUACUAAAAGGAAAGUCAACUUGGUCUUUGAGAAAAUCCAGACCUUAAAGUCUCGAGCAGCUGGGAGUGCCCAAGGAAAUAACCAAGCUUCUAAUUCCACAUCUGAAGUCAAAGAUCUAUUGGAACAGAAAAGCAAGUUGACCAUAGAAGUGGCUGAACUUCAGAGACAGCUUCAACUGGAAGUCAAGAAUCAACAGAACAUCAAAGAAGAGAGAGAGAGGAUGAGAGCAAACCUAGAAGAGCUCCGAAGCCAACACAACAAAAAGGUGGAGGAGAACUCCACAUUGCAGCAACGACUGGAAGAAAGUGAAGGGGAGCUCCGGAGGAAUCUGGAGGAGCUGUUCCAGGUGAAGAUGGAACGGGAGCAGCAUCAGACUGAGAUCAGGGAUCUCCAGGACCAGCUCUCAGAAAUGCACGAUGAACUGGACAGUGCAAAGCGAUCGGAGGACAGGGAGAAGGGAGCUCUGAUUGAGGAGCUCUUACAGGCAAAACAGGAUCUUCAGGAUCUGCUGAUUGCCAAAGAGGAGCAAGAAGAUCUCUUGAGAAAGCGAGAGCGUGAACUCACUGCCCUGAAGGGAGCCCUGAAAGAAGAGGUUUCCAGCCAUGAUCAGGAGAUGGACAAGCUGAAGGAGCAAUAUGAUGCUGAGCUGCAGGCCCUGAGGGAGAGUGUGGAAGAAGCAACCAAGAAUGUCGAGGUCUUGGCCAGCAGGAGCAACACUUCAGAGCAAGACCAGGCGGGGACCGAAAUGCGCGUGAAGCUUCUGCAGGAGGAGAAUGAGAAGCUGCAGGGAAGAAGCGAAGAGCUGGAGCGGAGAGUUGCUCAGCUUCAAAGGCAGAUCGAGGACCUGAAAGGCGAUGAAGCCAAGGCGAAGGAAAUGCUGAAGAAGUACGAGGGAGAAAUACGACAAUUAGAGGAGGCCCUUGUGCACGCCAGAAAGGAAGAAAAAGAAGCUGUGUCAGCCAGAAGGGCCCUGGAGAGUGAACUGGAGGCUGCUCAGGGAAAUCUGAGUCGGACCACCCAGGAGCAGAAGCAGUUGUCUGAGAAGCUCAAAGAGGAGAGUGAGCAGAAGGAGCAGCUAAGAAGGUUGAAGAACGAGAUGGAGAAUGAGCGGUGGCACCUGGGCAAGACCAUUGAGAAACUGCAGAAGGAGAUGGCAGACAUUGUUGAGGCCUCCCGUACAUCAACCCUGGAGCUCCAGAACCAGCUGGAUGAGUACAAGGAAAAAAACCGCAGGGAGCUCGCAGAAAUGCAAAGACAGUUGAAGGAGAAAACCCUGGAGGCAGAAAAGUCCCGACUGACAGCCAUGAAAAUGCAGGAUGAGAUGCGUCUGAUGGAGGAAGAGUUACGGGACUACCAGAGAGCUCAGGAUGAAGCCCUCACAAAAAGGCAGCUUCUGGAGCAGACGCUGAAGGACCUGGAGUAUGAGCUGGAAGCCAAGAGUCACCUCAAAGAUGACCGCAGCAGACUGGUCAAGCAGAUGGAGGACAAGGUGUCUCAACUGGAGAUGGAACUGGAAGAAGAGAGAAACAACUCGGAUUUGCUGUCUGAGAGGAUCAGUAGGAGCAGGGAACAGAUGGAGCAGGUGAGGAAUGAGCUACUUCAGGAGAGAGCUGCGAGACAAGACUUGGAGUGCGACAAGAUAUCCCUGGAGAGGCAGGUCUCCACGCCACAGGCCCUGGUGCGGAAAGCAGCCUCAUCGCAUGCAGCGACUGAACACCAGAACAAGGACUUAAAGAGCCGGAUUAUCCACCUGGAAGGUUCCUACAGGUCCAGCAAAGAGGGGCUGGUUGUGCAGAUGGAGGCCAGGAUCGCGGAGCUGGAGGACCGCCUGGAGAGUGAGGAGAGGGAUCGGGCCAAUCUUCAGCUCAGCAACCGGCGGCUAGAGCGGAAAGUGAAGGAGCUGGUGAUGCAGGUGGAUGAUGAGCACCUGUCACUGACUGAUCAGAAGGACCAGCUGAGCUUGCGUUUGAAAGCCAUGAAGCGGCAGGUGGAGGAGGCUGAGGAGGAAAUCGACAGACUGGAAAGUUCUAAAAAGAAGCUGCAGAGGGAGCUGGAGGAGCAGAUGGACAUGAAUGAGCAUCUGCAGGGGCAGCUCAACUCCAUGAAGAAGGACUUAAGCAGACUGAAGAAGCUGCCGAGUAAAGUGCUGGAUGACAUGGAUGAUGACGAUGACCUCAGCACGGACGGGGGAAGCCUCUACGAGGCGCCUGUGAGCUACACAUUCUCCAAGGACAGCGCCGCCGCCAGCCAGAUCUGAGUGCACUCCUGGGCUGUGGAAGUGCCUGUCAUUCCUGCAGAAGCUGCAGCCACCCAGAGCGGGAGGCAGGGAGGGGAACAUCUGUCUGCCACUGAGACCCAUCGCAGCCUCUUUGCCCAGCAUGCCAGCUCCUCAGUGUACGUUCCUCGCCAGGGUCUCUCAGUGGGUCUUUGACGGGGAGCUUUUGCAGUUUAAAAUGUUGAGAUGCCUGAGGAACAGGAGCCACCACCCACAGGGGUGUUGUGAGAGAUACACGUUGGUAGGCUGAGGCCCCUGUUCCACAGUCACUAUUUGCAUUGCUGUCCCUGCCCCCCCUUGACACUCCCCCUGCCAAGGCAAAGGGUCCAGAAGGCUAGGACUUAUUUAAUAGCACUGUGCAGGGAGGAAACCAUGUAUAGCUUGUACAUAUUUUAAACCAGACCUUCUCACGAACUGCUGCUGUUGCGUUUGGAAUGUGAUGGAGGCUUGGUAGGGUGGCUGGUUUGUAAAUUUCAUGCAUCUAUAUUGAGUAUUCUUUUUUUUUUUUUUUUUUUGUGAGAUGGAGUUUCAUUCUUGUUCCCCAGGCUGGAGUGCAAUGGCGCAAUCUCGGCUCACUGCAACCUCUGCCUCCCUGGUUCAAGUGAUUCUCUUGCCUUAGCUUCCCAAGUAGCUGGGAUUACAGAUGCCCGCCACCACUCCUGGCUAAUUUUUUGUAUUUAGUAGAGACAGAGUUUCACCCUGUUGGUCAGGCUGGUCUUGAACUCCUGACUUCAGGUGAUCCACCUGCCUCAGCCUCCCGAAGUGCUGAGAUUACAGGCAUGAGCCACCGUGCCCAGCCAUUGAGUAUUCUUUUUUAAAAUAUGAAGCUAUUAUAUUUUAAGUAUUGAGGAGCAGAGGUGAGAAGAGAGAGAGAGAGAGAAAGUCAAAUAAAGUCGAAGACCAGUUUGGAAACCAAAGUUGGAAAAUAAGAAUUGUAGUAGUCAUGGACAGCUAAGACUGAGCAUAGCAGUUCACAAGGUCUGGGUAAAUAAGUCACUGGCACAGGGGAAAGCCAGAAGGUUGCUUGCUUCUGUGACUGCAGCUAUGGCCUUGUUUGCUUAGUUUAUCUAGAAUUCUGUUAUAAUUUCUGAACUGUGCUGAGACCUGUUCCCAGUCACUGGUUGCAAUUUCUUUUACACAGGUUGAGUAGGGAAAGUUGUAGGUAAGACCUUAAACAAAUGAGGCCGUUUCUGGAAGGAUGGGGCUGUGUGGUCAUGUCCCACAGCAAGCUUUUGGGAUCGGGGGAAUAGGAGGAUAUGGGGGAAAGGUUCACAGACUUAGGUGUGAGAAUGAGGUGGGAGGUGUCUGGUAAGGUCAUCGGGGAAGGGAGAUAAGAGAGGAGAUAGGCAGAUGUGGGUAUGGGGCCCAGUGUGAGAAGGAAGACAGAGAAGUUCUUGAAAGCUGGGGGAUGUGUGGGCAAGAGGUGGAUUGAGCAGGAUCUCAGGUUUAUGUCGAGGAAAGGAAGAAAGAAACAGAAGUCAGGCAGAGGUGUGUCUGUGCAAACUGGAGGACUCCUUCCAACUUCCUGGAACAAAGAGACAUUGCCAGCAGCAGGCUGGCAGGGAGUGGUUGAGGUCUGGGGGCCAGGCCAUAUGGCUGGAGAGGAAUUUCAGGGAGCAUGGCAUCGGGAGGAUGCUAGAUAUCCGGGGACUCCCUCCUGGCCUUCCUGUGUCACUUCACAAUGUGACAGUCCCCAGGCAUGCCCACAGGCCAGGCCCAGUCACAGCUGGGCUUCCACAGGUCAGAGUACGGGACAGGACAUGGUCAGGGAGAGGACCCUGUGAGUUGGUGACAUAUAUGGGGCAGAGAUGGUAGCGUUCAGCUGCUUCAGCAGUGUCCCCAACCAUCCCAAUAAGUUGGAGGCCUGUGGGCCAGAGGACUCCAUGACAGUUGCCAUAGAGUCCCACCUGCACCAGGUCAGAGCCCACCCGGCAGGAUUCAGAGUGGUCAGCCCAGUUUAAGGGUGGGAGUCUGGAGUCAGAGAGCCAAGCCCCUUCCACGUCUACAGGGUCACCGUCAUCCUCACCACAGCCAGGGGUGAUUCUCACCUCUGCUUGCUUAUGUGGGGUGUGGCCGAUUCCUCCCUUUAGUCAUUCAUUCAUUUAGCAAAUAUUUAUUGGGCAUCGGUGAUGUGUCAGGCACAGUCCUUGGCACACAGAAUACAGCACUGAAUCAAACAGGCACAAAUUCCUCCCCUCCUGGAGCUCAGUGUCAGGAAAGGGGGUGAUAAAUGACAAUCAAAUCGACAUGGAGAUUGAGCACCUCUGUACUCAGCCCUCUGUCUCUGUCCUCCUGAGGACAUGACAAGCCUGGUUCCCUAGAGCUCACUUGGACCCUCGAUAUGUUCAUAAUUUCCCUGCUGCUUCCGCCAUCGUUAGACAUCUGCCAGUAAGCCUGCUGAGAGAAGCCUCAGCCCACUCAUACCUAGAGACGCUGCUGGGGACGGUCAGCACACCCAAUAACUUUGGGAGGUGUGUCUGUUUCGGUUUGUGAGAAAGUAGCUGCCCCACAUUCUGGUCAGUUCUUUCCAGUAGCCAUGGGGCUCGCUACAAGAAGCAAAACUCCCAUGCAAAGAGAACACAGGUCACUUUUCAAAACACUUGCAUCAUUACCCUAAAAAUAGGCUGUUAAGCGUUUUGACAAUUGCGCUAUCCUACACUCUGAGGGAGUUGGCAAUGCAUGCGGUAUAGUGGAGUGGGAAGAGUUGAGACUGAAAGUUAAGAGAAGGGUUUUCAAGUCCCGGCUCAUCUCACCCCAGUGACCUUGACAGUGUGCUCACUCUCAGAGCCACGGAUUGCCUGGGACAAAGUGCAGAUUAGGGCCCACGGUCCUUUACAGGUAUAACAUACUAUCGUUCUUUAAUUUUAUUAUAUAUACAUACUAUUUUUCUGUUUUUUUGCUGUAAGAACUAACCCCGAUCAAGAGUAUUUUCUUUAGCUAGCUUAAAAAGAAAACAUAUUUUACGUAAAAACACAUACAUGGCCAAAUGCAAUACUGAAGAGACAAUCAUCCUGUAUCUUUUAUGGUUUUUCCUGCUUCUGAGUGUCGUUCUACAAUGCCCGUUGGCUUAUUCCAUUGCAUUUCUGCUUUAGGAUAUGGUUUGGUUGCUUUGGGUUGUCAUGGGAAAGAGACAUUCUCCUUGCAGCUACCUCCAUGUAAGUGAAUUCCUGGAUAAAGCAAGAUUUCCUUUCAAUAAACGCUGUCACCCAAUGGGAAUUUUGA